ACUGACAGCCAAACAUUCUCUUUGCAUUCAGCACAUUUAGCCUCUCUGCUCCGAUUCCCUCCUGGCAGCAAUACUAUCGUCUCAGCUAGACGCUUCUGCAUUCCUGGGCUAUUUUUAUUAUUAUUCCGCGCUGCAUUCGCAACAAUAGCACAUUCCGGAAGAACAGUUGAACGGCCCCCGCACACAUAUACCAAACACUAGAGGGAGAAUUUUUGGUCUCAUUCGCAGUGGAUUUCGGGUAAUGGUCGAUCGACCAGCAGUUGACGAGAAAAUGGGCGACACAACAGGGGAAAUGGCCAAGCGAGUACUAUCGCUACCGGCCAACGGCAAGAUCCUGAUCUCGCACCUGGUGGACGAGGGCCUGCUGACAGCAGGAAACACGGUGGUGUGCAACAACUGGCCGUUCACAGCAGUAGUCACGGCAACAGGGGCAUUUGAGGCAAGCUGGGAGCCCGUGCCAGCAGACUUUGUGGGCACAUACGGCAGAGAGUUCAUGCGGGCAGAGUUCGAGACGCCGUCGGCAUGGGCCACGGCAGUGUGCCGGGUGAUGCGAGCCCAGGCGCGCGCACACAAGCACCGCAGAGACGGCGACGAGGAGGUGGGACGGCGGGCCAGCCGAUCCAAACAGAAGGCGCCGACCAGCACCGAGGGUCGCGUGGCGGUCAACGGCUGGACGGCCUGCCGCGUGCGGUUUGCAAGGGACGACCCGAACCGCGCGCUAGGCGAGCGAUUGGCAGGCGGAACCGGCGAUACAAUCGAGGUGACGCUGGAUGCGCUGCGACGCGAGCUGUGCGCGCGCAUUAGCCGUACGCGCGCAGCGCCGAGCCGGGCAGCGUCGGACAGCGAGUCGGAGCCGGACAGCACGCUGGUGGACGGGCUGGCGCAGCGCGUGGAGCACGGGCUGGCGCUGGGAUGCGUCAAGCAGCGGCGCGCGGCGGCGGCGGCAGCAGACGCCAUCUCGGCCACAGCGCAUGCGUCGUCGAUGGCCAUGUUUGUGCAGCUGGCGGCCCACGGCGACGAGCGCCUGACGCCCCACAGCCGCAAGCGCAAGAGCAUCCCCGACAUGUCGCGCCACGCCAAGCUGUCGCGUGUGCCCGACGCCGAGCAGACGCUGCAGACCAAGGCCACCCUGGCGUUUUUCCGCGAGCGCGCCCAGGCCCUGGCGCGCCCACACGCCGAAGCAAAGGCCCUGCGUGCCCAGCGCCGCCAGCUGCUGCGACGCAGGAUCGGCGGUGCGCUGGACGUCUGGCUGCGCCAGCGCCGCGCACACCGCCAGCCCGCCGAUGUUCCGCCGGUCCCUGUGAGUUCGCCUGGGGGCUCGCCGGGCGCUACUGACGAACUGGUCGGCAUGGCUGCGGCUGUCAGCGCGACCUUCGCUGAUAUUGCUGCGCGCCUGCCGUGUCUGACGGAUGACGCAGCGCUGCAGGGUAUUGCGCUCUGCACGCAGUGUGGGUCGAGCGGCUCGGCGCUGCUGGAGUGCCAGGCAUGCGGCGAUCGGUACCACGGCUUCUGCGUCAGCCCGCUGGUGCGCGACGCGGCACGGUUUCUGUGCCCGGCGUGCCGCGUGUGCGCCGGGUGUCUGGACGAUCGGCCGCCGGAGCUUUUGCAGUGCGACCAAUGCGGUACGUGCAUGCACGCGCACUGUAGCGCCCAGCGUGCGGUGCACCGUGACGGGCUGGCCGGGCUGGCACGCGAGAAUGGCCGGUGGGUGUGCGACCAGUGCGUGGCCUGCCGCGAGUGUGGAUUUUCCAUGGCCGACGGCGCUCCGGCCGACGGCAAGGCGGCGGCCGAGUGGACAGCGCGCGUGGCAUGGGGAUGCGACUUCAACCUGUGCGGGCUCUGCACGCAACAGAUCGAAAAGGGCAAAGUCUGUCCACAAUGCGUGGCCACAUACGCCAGCACAACCGCCGGCGCCAAUAUGGUUUGCUGCGACGUCUGCGCUGUGUGGAUCCACACUGCCUGCGACCCGCGCCUGACGCCACACGUCUACGACGCUCUGCUCACGCUGGAGGACGCGCCGUACGUGUGCCCGGCGUGCUGUCUGAUGGUCUCUGGCGGUGAGCCUGAAACCGAUCCAGUCUGUCUGCCAGCGUGUCUGCAACAAGUGCCCAAGUGCGCACCCCCCAUACCCACAGCCAGCGACUCACCCAGCGCCCCACAUGUCGCCAGCUUUGCGGCGCCGGUCAAGCAGGAACCCGAGACCGAGGCAGCCAACAUGCUGCUGAGCCUGACCCAGAGCGACGUCCGCUUUGACCGCUUCGCCAUCGACGCGCUGGAGACCCAGUUCAGCACCUGGGCCGGCGACCGCCGUGUCUGCAUGCUCUGCAGCCUGCAUGGCGACAGUGCGCAGCUGGGCCGCCUCGUCCCGCUGCUGCAUGCUGCGCCCGGUCACGCCGCCAGCCAGUGGGUGCACGUCGAGUGUCUGGCGUGGGCCUGGGGCCCGCGCUCCACCACCAUCAGCGCCCUAGGUUCCAGCCACAGCGGCGCCAGCAGCCCAGUUACCGGCCCAGGCGCUGCCGGUGCUGCGCUGGUGCGCUUCGAGGGCCGCCUGGAUGCCAGCCGCGCCGACCUACUGUGCUCGCUGUGUGGCCGCGUGGGGGCGUCGUUCCACUGCUGCGCCCCCGUGGCCUGCAGUGGCUCUGCCUACCACCUGCCGUGUCUACUGCUGGCCGGCUCUCCUGCUGGCACUGCGCCCGGCCAGCCCCAGUACUGCGCUGGCUGGCGCCGCGCGCUGUGUGCCGAGCACGUGCCUCUGUUUUCCGCCAUGAUGCCCGCCGAUACUACAACCGCCUCAUACGCCGACGUGCGCGUCGAAGCCAGCGUGGACGAGCCCGGCACGCCGCCCGCUGGUCCGGUCCGGCUCGGCAGCCUGGAGAUCAGUGCCUGGGGUGCAGUCCCUGCCGAUGCACCCGAGCCGCACGCCGUGACCGCCGAAUUCCCGCGCUGGGUCAUUCCGCCCGACGGUUUCGUGUGCGCCCGCGCCUUCUGCAUUAACGGCCAUGCGCUGCGCAUGCACAUUGCCACCAGGAUCGAGGGCCCUGUCGCCCUAUGGUGUGGCCACAUUAGCCAAGACGCCGCUGUCGCCGAAAUCCAGGCCGAGGCGCUGGGCGAUCUUGUCGGCCGUCUGCUCGCCCAGCUGCUGGGCGUUCUGGGCGUCGCUGACGACCACCUUUACUCUGCCUUCGCCCGAGCCGCUGCCCACAAACCCUUCCGCUUCCUUGGCCUAACGCGCUGUUCGCUGUACGACCUGUUUGUGCGUCGUGUUGACAACUACGAUCGUCUGUGCGAGCGCGCACGUAUGGCACGCAGCCGCUCUGUCUCAAUGAUCCCCGUCGUGCCGCCUACCCUGGCAGAUACUGAUGCUCCCCCAAUAUCCACCCCCACCCAGAUGGUCACCGAUUGAUGAUAUUUGCACUUGCUCACCUCUCCAUUUUUUCUAGCUUCCUGCCACUCCUCUGUAUGUAAUUGAACAACAAUAUACCAACUACACGUUGCAUCUAUUAUAU